AAAAAAGAAACCAGGGUUAAUUUAUUGCAGUACAUUCAGGCUGACUAAAGAUGUCAGAGGGGCUCUGACACUCAAGUUUUUGGGUUCAGUGGUGCUGAUUUAUGUUGGGGGUGUCCUCAGUGCGCUGCUUAAUCUCCUGCUGCCAGCAGAAGGCUCUUCCCUACAGUAACACAAAUACAACCCCUAAAUUCCUGCUAGAAAACUACACUAGAAUUAAUUAUGUGAUAAAUGAAGUCCUUAUGGAAAAACACAGGACAGGUUCCUUGCACUGGAUGAGAGAUUAAUGGUCUUUCCUUAUAUCUCUGCUUCUAAACCCAAAAUAUUUAGUCAUAAUUUAAUCAAGAGAGAUCCAAGAGGGUGUUUUACUUCCAGAGGAGGGAAGGGCUCAGUGCAGUGUUUAGAUGUUCAUUUAUGAAUCUGGUGGUAGUAAACCUCCAGCCCUGUGGCAAAAAUGGACCCAGACAUGGAUUCCACCCUCAGCAUGGGUUUAGGAUCUUUUUCAGGCGAUUUGAAAAGCCACAAGUGUUGCCGGUGCCGCUGGGAACAGUGGGAGCAGAUGGUGGGGCGGGAUGAGUGGCAGCCAUCAGCACGCUGUCUGCAGCGGGGAUGCAGGUGUGAAUGUGACAAGGGCUCCGUGACGGCUCGCCGGGAACGUGCUGCUGCUGACGGAGCAGAUCCCAUCAGCUGGGGGAAGAGGAGUGAUUGAAGAGUCCAAAAAAAGAGAUUUGAGUGAAAUGAAGCUGCCCAAGCUAAGCACCAGUGGCUCUGCCCUGCCUGUGCUCCCCUGGGAACACCAAGGGCCUCAGACAAUAAAGACUGACUCUAUCUCAAGGAUCCACCAGCAACAAACACUCCAAGGUGGUGGCUAUGGCUGAGGAGAACACGGCUACUGACCAUGAGCAGCUCCUGAGGAGGGUGCAGGAACUGGAAGUGGAGGUGAAACGGCUGCAAGAGAAGCUCCAGGAGGACAAGGAGGGUGCUGGAAGGAGAGAGGCUCCUCCAGCCCCUGGGAAAGGCAGGAAACGCCAACAACGGCCCUUUGAUUUCAGUGCCCACAGCCGCAGACAUGUGGCACUGCGCAUCGCCUACCUGGGCUGGGGCUACCAGGGCUUUGCCAGCCAGGAGAACACCCCCAACACCAUCGAGGAGAAGCUUUUUGAAGCCCUGAAGAAGACACGGCUGGUGGAUGACAGACAGACGUCCAACUACCACCGCUGCGGGCGCACUGACAAGGGUGUCAGUGCCUUCGGGCAGGUGAUCUCCCUGGAUCUCCGCUCCAGCCUGCCAGAGGGGCAGCAGCUCAACGGCCACGAGGGUGAGGGGCAGCAGGAGGAGCUCCACUACACCCACAUCCUGAACAGGGUGCUGCCAGCCGACAUCCGAGUGCUGGCCUGGGCCCCCGUGGAGCCAGAGUUCAGCGCCCGCUUCAGCUGCCUGAGCCGGACCUACCGGUACUUCUUCCCCUGCGCCCAGCUGGAUGUGGCCCUCAUGGACACCGCAGCCCAGCGCUACGUGGGCACCCACGACUUCCGCAACCUCUGCAAGAUGGACGUGGCCAACGGGGUGCUCAACUUCCAGCGGACGAUCCUGAGUGCCAGAGUGACGUGGGUGGACAGGGGAGGAGAAGCCAGGCCACGGGAUCCCUUCCAGCUGUGCCAGUUUGAGGUGACAGGACAGGCGUUCCUGUACCACCAAGUCCGCUGCAUGAUGGCCGUGCUCUUCCUCAUUGGCCAGGGCAUGGAGAGCCCAGAUGUCAUUGAUGAGCUGCUGAACGUGGAGAAGAACCCCCGGAAACCACAGUACAGCAUGGCGGUGGAGUUCCCCCUGGUCCUGUACAACUGCGAGUUCCCAGACCUGCAGUGGCUCUACGACCCAGAGGUGCAGGGCUUCAAUGUGACACACUUGCAGCAGCUCUGGGCCAGCCACGCCGUCAAAACCCACGUGCUCCGGGACAUGUUGGCAGGGCUGGAUGCUGCUCCCAUUGUCACCAGAAAAGGUCCAGGGAGCAGCCUGGUGCCCUGGGGUGAGCUGCAGCCCCCACUCCACAGCCAGAUCAGCGGCUUCGUGGAAGGGGUCCAAGCCCGCAGCUACAAGCCCCUGCUGGCCCGGCCCAGAUGCGAGGGGCUGGAGGCCCGGAUCGAGCACUUCGUGCGGAGGGGCCGCAUCGAGCCGCCCCAGGGCCCGGGGCUGCCGGGGGAUUGGGCCGGGGAGCCCCCCGAGGGCAAGCGGGGCAGCACCGGAGCCCCCGAGCAGCUGCCCAAGAGGAUCUGCAUGGACACCGAGUGACGGGGCACCACGGCAUAGGGGCAGCUAAGGCUUCACCUUUUUUACUGUUACUGGAAAAAAAAAAAAUGCGCUUUUUUAAUGCUAUUUUUUAUAAAUCUCAAGAGAACCGGA